CCAACGUUCAUCAUCUCCUGACGCCUGUAUGCCCGAGGUAGCUAGGAGUCAUCGGCGAAUACAGCCAGCAUCAAGAAGUGGACGACCUUGUGAUCCAUGCCGUCGACGAAAAACACGAUGUGUUGUGGAGCCUGGACACGUCAAAUGUCGUCUGUGCCUUCAUCGACAGAACAAUUGUACAUUCGACAAAGCACCUCCAAAAAGGUCGGUCCCAGGAGGCACCGAACUCAAUGAAUCCGGAUCAAUCGCACAGGAAUCGCCAUCGCCCCAGGAAGUACUUACGUCUGAUCUCGAAGAGGGUCGAGAUCUCAAUCCGACACUCGCUCCAGCCUCCGCAGAGCACAAUCACCAGGCUAAAACAUCUAUCCAAAGCAGCGAAUUCGAUGCCGCUCUCGGUCUGAAUCGAACCAAGUUUGCUGAGCUCUACGGACUGGGUAGUGAUAUGGAACCGAUUCUCAUGCGACACCGGCCUUACAAUGCGACGACUAACGAAUACACACUUCCAACACACGCAAUCCGUCUCGUGUCGGCUAGAGACCAAGGUGUUGAUUAUCCUGUGACUUUUCACAUGGUUUCAGAUCAGAAAAGAAAUGUUCCAUCACCGGACAGGACCAGGGAUAUCGAUGCCAUCGAAGCCUAUGUGGAACCGCACGGUGAUAAGUUGGUGCGGUUGUUUUGGAAGAUGGUGCAUCCAACAUAUCCCAUCAUUCACAAGCAAAACUUCAUCAAUAUGUAUUCGGAGUCGUAUCGUCAAAUUGAUGCACCUCUGUUAGGUGCAGUUUAUUUGAUCGCUACCAAUUGGUGGCACUACGACCCUAACCUCUCGAACCAACCAAUUCCCAACGUCGUUGGCUUGCGCAAGCUAGUAAUUAAGACUAUACAAGAAUCUUACCAUCGUCCACGACUGUCAUCUAUCGAAGCAAUUCUGUUAUAUCUUCAGUGCAAACCUGAAGAUCCGCUGAACCCAGACCAUACAUUUGCAUGGGGCUUGACUGCGCAAGCACUAGCUGUGGGCGAAGCUUCCGGUCUACACCUAGAUGCCUCGGGCUGGGCUAUUCCGGACUGGGAAAGAUCGUUGCGAAAACGUCUGAGCUGGGCUCUCUACACACAAGAUGUUUGGACUGCUCUAGCUCACGGUCGACCGACUCAUAUCUCUAUCAAUAAUUGGGCUGUCACCGAUUUGACUCCAGAAGACUUUGAAGCCAAAAGCUCACUUGACGAGGGAGUCUCUUUCAUCAAUACGACAAAUCUGGCAAAGAUUCUCUACCGCGUCUUAGACGAAUUUUACAGCCUUAGAGCGAGCACGCUGCAGGACACCGCUCAGCUUUUCUCCAUGGCUCGUCCCAUCUGGAGUGCGCUAGAGUCCUGGUAUGCAGACCUUCCAUCUUCACUCAGAAUGGAUAGUUUGCCUUUGAGGCAGCUUUGCCCAAACGGAAACGUUCAUUUCGCAUAUUAUGCCGUGAAAGUCAGCACCCUAAGAAGACUGGUAAGAUCAACAGCACUUGCGCCACUCUGCAUUGAUGUCGAUCUAUUGCAUUCUAUCAGACAACAAGCGCACGCCACCGCCCAACAAGCUAUAACGUUGGUAGCCACCCUACGUCUCGAGCAUUUGGAUGCUUUCUGGUUCUUCGCUGCGCCGUACUAUUUCUCUGUUAUCGGAUCGUUCUGCGUCCUGCUUCUAGUCACUAGCUUGACACCAGCGGAGCGAGACCAUUGGCGCGAAAGUCUAAGAUCAUAUCUUUGGAUUCUCAGGGUUGGAUGCAAGUCCAACGGGCCAAUGCGGUAUGCAGUUGAUCGCCUGGAAGGAGCGAUCCUCCGUGGCCUUGAGCAUGCACUCGUGGUCACUGUGGACAUCACUUCACCAUCCGCUCCCGAAGCAACACCAAAUCAAUACGACGCCAAUAUCGACGGCUUUGGGUUCGCACUUUCUGGUGCAGAAACACUCGAUUUCUCCAUGAUAGAUCUAGAUGCAUUCGAUUUUCUGAGCGGGUCGACCAUCAGUUAG